AUGAAGUGCGGCAUCGACGAGCUCCUCCGAAGCAUCACUGGGAAGCCCAGUCCCGAACAGGCUGAAUCUUUAGAGCGAGCAGGCACCGAAGCCGCGACCAUGGCUCGUUCAGCCUUGGAGUUACAAUUGGGCGAAUCCGUACUGGUCAGGCAGUCCGGAAACUCUAUCUACCACGGCCUGCUCGGAGCCAUAGCAGAGCGUCUCGGGCUGGCCGAUUUGGAGUUCCCCAAUCUAGGUGCCGAAGGGCUCCCUUUGGGUAUAUCAGUCCCUAUACCACACACGGACUUAUACCCUAAGUUCAAACCGAAGAAACAGGAGCUUUUCAAGCUCCCCGAGAUCCACUCGAACUACAAAUCAAUGUCGUUCGCGGAGGUCAAAGGCAAAGCCGACGAAAUCGUUCUGAACGAAGAGGCCAACGGCUAUAUAAGACGACUUGGCCGCCUCGAGUCUCUCGAUGAGCGACGCACCUAUAUUCGCCGGGCCGCAGUGCCGAAAGGCGGGUCAUAUGAGAACGGGGUCCGAAUAGUCGAAGACUUCAAGAGAAGCAAUAGCAACUUGAAUUCAUCCAUACCCAAUACUGCUCGGUUACCGACUGUGUCCCAUCUGCGACAGUUGAUCAGCUCUCUCUCCGACGCUCACUCCGGGGCUGUCACGGGAUACAAACUUCUACAGCUGGACCUACGCUCCGCCUACCGUCAUCUCGGCAUACAUCCGGCCGAAAGGAAGAACGUCUCGUUCACCCAUACCUUCAAAGAUGGAUCUACAGCAGCCUUCGAGAACCUGGUCCUCUCCUUCGGUCACAGUGCCGCCGCGUACUGGUUCGUUCGCUAUGCUACUCUUGCAUUACGCUGUCUAGAGACAGUACUGCAAGCCGUGUUCACGGACGCCGACGCUAAGGCCUUCGGUACGUACAUGUACGUCGACGACGGGUUCUUCUGUAUUAGAAUCGAGGUCUACAUACCAGCCGCUAUGAUAAUCAUCAUAUUCUGGCUGCUUAUCGGAUCCGGGUUGAGCUUCCCCAAGCUACGCAUCAACCUCGAAGAAGGUACGGUGAUCGGUAUCAAGAUAAAGAUAGGCGAGCAUCCAACAUUUGAAAUCGACCCAGCCAAGACCGAAAAGCUCUUGUCGAAUCUUCGCGACCUUCUCCUCAAUAGAAGAACCACUGAGCAGGCGCUGUCAUCUCUGGCCGGCAAGCUCAACAGAUACACUUCCUUGCGGAGGUACCUGCGCCCCUAUCUCCAACCAUUCUAUGGAUUACUCGCCGUGAUGAGGAAGCUAGGCAGGAAAUCCGCGUCCUGCCCAGACAAGAGCGAGGUCUACAUUGUCGCCAAGUUCUUCGUCAAAGUCCUCUCGGACCCUCGAGCCUUCCACUCAGUGGGCCCGAUCCGAAGAUCGGAAAAUGGCUUUGCGGGUACAUUAUUAUUAUUCUCCGAUGCUUCUACUCGAGCCUUGGGUGGUAUAAUCGCACUUCGUGGAGAAAGCUCAUCACAAGAGUCCCAACAUACUAUUUGGUUUCGCAAGCACAUCGACGAGACCGUCACCAAACCCUGGAACCUAAUAUCCAAGGACCCGCGGGUGAAGACGGAAUCGAAAGAUAUCGUCAUAACCGAGCUACUGGCGGUCUGUUUAGCCCUGCAGGAGGCAGAGCGCUAUUUUGGUAGACUUUCGGACUACAGAGUCUCUAUACACGUGGACAAUCAAGCCGUCGCCACUAUUCUCAAGAGUAUGUAUUCGAAGAACCCAACAUUGGCGACAUUGCUACGUUCUAUCGUAUACCGUCUCGCGAGACUGACCCUUACGGACUGCGUAAUUCGGUGGAUACCCUCCGGUGAGAAUUGGAUCGCCGACAGAAUAUCCCGCGGGGAGUCAUCCUUCCUGCCGACAGCGUGGAGGGAAAUUGAGAUUACCCCGACUUCUCUCAAGGCUCUUGCGCCUAACGAGUGCGAGUAG